CCUCGCGUGCGCUCCCGCCCCGCGCUCUGAGGGCCCCGAGGGGAGCGCCACCGGCCUCGGCGCCCGCUGGAGCUGCUCGGCGCGCCCCGGAACUGCCUGCCGUCUCUCCCUUGUCUGCCCAGAGGAUUGGGGCUCCCGGCCCGCACCUUGUCCUUCCGACGCCAGGAGUGCGCGGAGCUGGGAGCGGCUUGGCCAUGGCCGUGAGGAGGGACUCCGUGUGGAAGUACUGCUGGGGAGUUUUGAUGGUUUUAUGCAGAACUGCGAUUUCCAGAUCGAUAGUUUUAGAGCCCAUCUAUUGGAAUUCUUCGAACUCCAAAUUUCUACCUGGACAAGGACUGGUACUAUACCCACAGAUAGGAGACAAAUUGGAUAUUAUUUGCCCCAAAGUGGACUCUAAAACUGUUGGCCAGUAUGAGUAUUAUAAAGUUUAUAUGGUGGAUAAAGACCAAGCAGACAGAUGCACUAUUAAGAAGGAAAAUACCCCUCUCCUCAACUGUGCCAGACCAGAUCAAGAUGUAAAAUUCACUAUCAAGUUCCAAGAAUUCAGCCCUAAUCUCUGGGGUCUAGAAUUUCAGAAGAACAGAGAUUAUUACAUUAUAUCUACAUCAAAUGGGUCUUUGGAGGGCCUGGAUAACCAGGAGGGAGGGGUGUGCCAGACAAGAGCCAUGAAGAUCCUCAUGAAAGUUGGACAAGAUGCGAGUUCCGCUGGGUCAACCAGGCAUAAUGAUCCAACGAGACGGCCAGAACUUGAAGCUGGUACAAAUGGAAGAAGUUCAACAACAAGUCCUUUUGUCAAACCAAAUCCAGGUUCCAGCACAGACGGCAACAGCGCCGGGCAUUCCGGGAACAACAUCCUCGGUUCCGAAGUGGCCUUAUUCGCAGGGAUCGCCUCCGGCUGCAUCAUCUUCAUCGUCAUCAUCAUCACGCUGGUGGUGCUGCUGCUCAAGUACCGGAGGCGCCACCGCAAGCACUCGCCGCAGCACGCGGCCACGCUGUCGCUGAGCACGCUGGCCACGCCCAAGCGCGGCGGCGGCGGCAACAACGGCUCCGAGCCCAGCGACAUCAUCAUCCCGCUGCGGACUGCGGACAGCGUCUUCUGCCCCCACUACGAGAAGGUCAGCGGGGACUACGGGCACCCCGUGUACAUAGUCCAGGAGAUGCCGCCGCAGAGCCCGGCGAACAUUUACUACAAGGUCUGAGCCGCGGCGGUGCCUUCGCUUUCCCGGAGGAAGCUGACUGCCCCGCCGCCGCCACGGAGGGUCCGAGGCGCCCCCUGUGUCUGCGACGGACUGACGCACAGCGGGGAGAGGGGACCCUCCUUCUCGGGAGAGCCCUGUGGAGUCGGACCGCUUACUAGUCUGUAGCGUUUGGGCCGCGGCGACGGGGAUGCGCCCCGGCAGCUGGAAGACUCGCGUGGAAGGUGCGCGGGGGGACCGCGCGCGCCCCGCCCCUCUCCUCUUCCGGGUCCCGCGGGCGUUCGGGCCUCCGCAGGAGCCGAGGGGAGACCGAGCGGUCGGUGGGCGGGAGCGAGAGCCGGGAGCACCGCGGGCAGGCGUCCCGGGUCCCCGGGCUGCUGGGCCCGGAGAGGCCGUCCUCUGCCUCGGGCGUGGCCCCUCCCCCGGAGCUGCACCCCGGACUUGUCUUGUCGCACAGACUCUGGCCGCGUGAGGCCUUCGGAGAGCGCUCGCUGUGAGUCCUCACUGUUGCACACACUCCUGACAUCCAGGGCGCUGCAGGCCUUCACACGAGGUUUCUUCUCAAGCCACACUCCGUAUCACUAAUGAGACAUUAACGUUUGGCGUCUCCUGCUUCAUCUGUUCGCAACAGCUACCGCCGAAUGGGCGAUACAAGGAUAGAAAUUGCGUUUGCUAGUAAGGAGCCUUCCAGCCAGAUACUAGGCUGUCAUGUCAGCCCGGGAAGAUGAGGAGUUCACGGAAGGGAGGGCCGGGGGAAAGGCCGUCUGCAGAGGCAGUUCAGCGCUGCCACCUCUGAAACAGAGUUGGGAGGGAAAACUCCAAGUAGAUAGCACGGCA